UUAAAUAAAUUUAUAAAAGUAUGAUUAGAAAAGUUUAUUAAAUUAAAAGAGUAUUAAAGCGAUAAAUAUUUAUUUCGUUGAGGUAAAAUUUCCGUUUGGUUCGUAUCGGUUUCACGAAUUGCAGACGUCUCCAUGGCGAAUAGGUCGAUCGACCCUCGAAUGACAUUCGAGUCUUGUUAUUUGAAAGGAUAGGAGGCAUAAACAUUCCUUCCUGUUUGAAAUAUUACAGACUGUUGUUUACCAUCCGAAUCCGGAGCAAAUAAAUUCAGAUUAAAGUUGAAAAAACGUAGCAGCAACAAUAUUUUUAUCCCAUGGACGUUUGAUUGGUCUGGAUCCACGAUGACGUUAGGAGUAAACAGGAAGAAAAUGGAUCAUACACAUACCGACGAAUCGCCAAAAGAUUUGGUUUUUGAAAAGAUGGAAGCAUUAAUUCAAAAAAUGCAACAUCCCGAAACUGGUGUACCCGUUCGUAGUAAGAGGCAGUUUCUGACAUCCAUACCGUGUGCCUUUCAAGGCUAUGAUCUGGUGGAAUGGUUGGUUGACAAUUUGGAUCUUGAUGAUAUGGAAGCUCUUCAUUUGGCCAACCAACUUUGCUUUUAUGGUUACUUUUUCCCUGUAAAUGACACAAAAUCGUUUAUUGUGAAGGACGAUGGAACUUUUUAUAGAUUUCAGACACCAUAUUUUUGGCCUUCCCAUCAUCGGCCAAAUAAUACAGAUUAUGCUAUAUAUUUGGUGAAGAAAUCACUCCGAAGUAAACAGAAAAAUUCCCUGGAGGACUACGAACAGGAAUCUUUGGCUCAACUGAAAAAGUUCUUGUGCCACAAAUGGGAUUUCAUUUGCAAACAAGCGGAAGAGCAGCUGAAUUUAACAAAAGAAAGAAGGAAAGCCGAUAAAAUCAUUAUGGAAAGUCAAGAGAAAGCUUACUGGAGGGUUCAUCGUCCUCCUCCCGGUCACGUCUCGUGUAUGGAUCGUUGUCCAAUUCCUAAUAAAAGAACGAGAAAAAGGAAAUCUUUAGAAGAUUUAAUUUCAAAGUUGAAGCAUGUUCCUAGAACAAGAGUUAAAGUUUCUCAGGCAAUUGAGAGCCUUUUCAAUCGAUGGCAACAGUAUGCGGAACACGAUCCUUUUUUCUCUAGCGGUCAGAUAAACAAUCCUUGGAUAAUGGACGACCCGAAUUUCUGGAAGUUAAAUGCCAGUUUGGUAGAGAUCCCAUUGGAGAAAAGAAUCCGUCGAUGGGCCAUUUCACUUCGAGAAUUGUUAAGUGAUCCGACAGGAGUUCGGCAGUUUGAAAACUAUUUGAGAAAAGAGUACAGUCACGAAAAUAUUGUAUUUUGGAAGGAAGUACAAGCUCUGAAGAGAGGUUCUCAGAGAAACAUGAAAGAAAAGGUGCAACGAAUUUACAACGAAUUUAUUGCGCCCAACUCACCAAUGGAAGUAAAUUUAGAUAGUAAAACUCACGAAACAAUAAUUGAAACUAUGAAGAAUCCGACAAGAUACACAUUCGAUACUGCACAAGAACACGUCUUUGCCCUAAUGGAAAAAGACACUUAUCCAAGAUUUCUUCGUUCAGACGAUUAUAAAAAUCUUCUCCACACGGCGCGGCAGACAUCACACAAGAAGCGCCUCUUCAUUUUUGGCUCCAUAACUAGAAAAAAGGGUUCUCCAGAUACUACACCAACAACAAAACGCAGAUCUAACGCUGCUCAAAUUUCUGGGAGUUCUGUUGAUUUAACUCAUAUGUCAAGGGCUCUAGAGACUGAAGGGUGGCCCUUUUCCGGUCGGCAUUCCCACAGUACCAGUGACUUACACGAUCUUGAUCUCCCAUCCGAUAAGAUGACGUCGAGUAGAUUAUCGUCUCCUUCAGGAUCCCGUGAAUUGUUAACCGAUCCUGCUGCUCAUUCCACUCUUCAAGUACCUAGCGUGGGUCACAAGAGUAGUGAAGACAGCGGGUCUGAAGACGAUAGUCAAAAUUUAACUUUGCCAGUUCCAUCUGUCGCAUCUGUUGGUAGCCCACUUGCAUCUCCAGAUUCACAAGCUUAAAAUGCCAUCAUGAAAUCGCGGGAUGGGACCUAUUUAUUAUUUUUCUUUUUUUUUACGUUAAAACAUUCAUUUAUUUAAUAUUUAAAAACGUCUUUUCUUUUUCCUCUCAAAAAAAAAUUAUCAUUUAGAACCAAAAAACUCGAACGAUUUUAGUAAGAAUUUAUUUUUAUAUUUAAUUCAUGUAUUUUAAAUUUAAAUAAAUUUUUAAAGUUUUCAUGUCACAAACGUUCUUUGUUAAUGGAAACUUCAAAUGCUCCCGUCCCAAAAAUUAGGCCAAGUGGAAGAAUUUCUCUCUUAAAUCAUUGGUCUACAACGAACCACCGUAUAAACGAUGGCCAAUUUAACUGUAGGUUAAUUAAACUGUCGUUUUAUUUAGAUAGAUCUAAAACUAGGCUUUGUCGAAGCCUUAGCUGUGAUAUAUAUAGUUAAUUUCAAUGGUGCUGAACAUAUAUUGUAUUUAAUUUCGUUCCAUUGCUAACAUAGUUAAUUAUCAUUAAGAAAAUUGUAUACAGAUGUGUACAUAUAAAAAAUUUGUAGUAUUUUAUUUUUUGAUAUUUUUUAUUGUUUUAUUGUGAUGUGUAUGCGAUGUUGUAUAUUAUUAGAUCGUCAUAUAUCUUUGUAGAUCAUAUACAUAUACUGAGCAAUAAAGUUAAUGGAUAGCU